AAUUGAAACCAACCCUAAGCUCCUUUUAUCUUUGCUCUAAAGGUAGUCCCGAUCAUUGCUGACUUAAGCAUCGGAUUGUCUACCCCAAGUUCCACCUCGGGGCUUUGUAGGUUCAUUCGAAGUGAAGACGUGGAUUGAAGAAGGACUUCUGGUUUAAUGCAAUUACAUUGGCGCCGUCUGUGGGAAUCGAACUGAAAGUUUUCUUGUUGCUCUUUCAUCAUGGUUAACACUCGAUCAGUCCGAGCUGGCAAUUCAUCUCUGCCUCUUGGGCAAGGUCAACUCCCCAACAACCUCCCACCUCAGCUCCCACCUCAACUCCCAUCUCAACUUCCACCUCACAUCCCAAAUAUGUUCCCUCCUGUUGAUCAUGUAGAAGAAGGAAAUGAAAACCAACCUCAUACCUCAGCUCACAACUCAACUUCCACUGCCAACCAAGACGUAGUGACAGCUCAGCUCACUGCCAUGCAACAAAAAUUCGAUGUUUUCAGUUGUGAAUCUCAGGGCCAAUCUCAUAUAGCACCAGAUCAGCAACCCCUUCCUGGUGAUGUCACUAGACGUCUAGACAACCUAGAAAAGCUAGUAGCUGAUCAUCUACCUCCGAGGUCAAUUAGCUCUUAUACAGAAAUGGCAUCUGCCUUUGCCACUAAGUUUUCCAGUAGAAGGUUGAUCAGGAAAACUACUUCUAAGUUGAUGCGAGUUAAACAGAGGGAUGGAGAAUCUCUGAAGAACUAUAUGAGCAGAUUCAAUGAUGCAGUACUAGAGGUGAGUUCCUUUAACCAAACUGUGGGAAUUGCAGCUGUGAUCUCAGGUCUUAACCAUGACUGGUUCAGAGACAGUUUGAUCAAACAUCCUACCACCACCUUUAGCGAGGAAAAGGAUGAGGAUGACACAGAACCGAGGUCCGAUGCCGACCUCUACACCGAGAUUCGGAAGGCCGAACUCUACACCCCCACAAUAAUCUGCAGGCAUCCUGGCCCAAUGAGAACUGCUGUUGCUAGCCGGGAUCAUACCAGAUAUUGUGAUUUUCAUCAAGAUCACAGUCAUACAACAGAGCAGUGCAAUAGCUUAAGGUCCGAACUGGAAAGUUUAGCUCAGAAGGGAAUGUUGAAUGAGUACAUUCAGAGAGCUGAACAACCAAGGUUUGUCAGAGAACAGAGGCCACAGUCUCAAGGAAUCCGCAAUCCACCAAACAGACAAGGUGUGGGAUAUCAGCAAGCCCCACCUCCACUCCCACCACCAGCUAGAAUCAUACACAUGAUCAUGGGAGGCCUGGAAGCAGGUGGACUGAGUUCUAAACAGCGAAAGCUAUAUGUCAGAGAGGUUAAGCAUCAAAACCGAGCUCAGAAACGGAAGUUUGACGACGCUGACUGGAAGAAUGAACCCGUUACUUUCACAUCUGCAGAUUUUGAAACAGUUGUUAUGCCCCACAAUGAUCCCUUGGUCACUUCUGUCAUGAUUAACAACUGUGAAGUAGAAGGAGUUCUUACCCUCCAUGUUGCUUUUGGGAGUGGCCGCACCUAUGUGACUCCUUCAGUCCGGUUCCUAGUAGUCAACAUGGCGUCCUCUUUCAACGUUGUUAUUGGCCGACCCACGCUGACUGAAAUUCGAGUUGUGGUUUCCCAAUCUCAUCUUUGUAUGAAGUUCCCAACUCCUAUGGGAAUAGCGACACUACGAGGCAACCAAGAGGUGCAAGUCAUGGGUGUUGAGAUAGUAGAUAACCGACCGGAAGAUGAACCUAGAGCUACUCCAGUCGAAGAUGUCGAAGAAGUGCUUGUUGACGAUAGAGAUCCGAGCCGAAAGACGCAAAUUGGAACUAGAUUGAACCCGGAGGAAAUAGCAGAGCUAAUAGCUUUUCUUCGAGCUAACAAUGAUGUCUUCGCGUGGACCUCGGCAGACAUGCCAGGAAUUCCCCCCUCAGUAUCUCAACAUAAGCUCAGCACCAAUUCGUUGAAGAAACUAGUGGCCCAGAAGCGACUCCUGGUGAAGAAGGCAAAUGGUAAAUGGCGAAUGUGCAUCGAUUACACAAAUCUUAACCAAGCCUACCCCAAGGAUUGCUAUCCAAUGCCGAGCAUUGACAGAUUGGUUGAAGCGGCCUCAGGCAAUGAGAGAUUACGUCUCUUGGAUGCAUAUUUUGGGUAUCACCAGGUGCCGAUGGCUCUAGAAGACGAAGAGAAAACCUCGUUCUAUGCUGGCGAUGAAAUCUAUUGCUAUGUCAUGAUGCCGUUUGACUUAAAGAACGCAGGUGCUACUUAUCAGAAAAUGGUGACCAUCAUCUUUCGAGCUCAGAUCGGCAGGAAUCUGGAGGUUUAUGUCGAUGAUAUUGUGGUAAAGAGCCUGAAAGUAGAAGACCAUCUAGCUGAUCUCAACGAAACUUUCAACAACCUUAGAAAGAACAGAAUGCGGUUAAACCCAGCCAAAUACAUCUUCGGCGUGGAAUCUAGAAAGUUUCUAGGUCAAGCACUGGCAGAUUUUAUUGUCGAAUGCACUCCAUGUCCUUCAACCCUUAAUCCAGAACCCAACGGCUGGACUUUAUAUGUUGAUGGGGCAUCUAGUAGCAAGGGUUCAGGAGCUGGUGCUCUCUUGAUUGGCCUAGAUGGAUACAGAAGCGAACAUGCCCUGAAAUUUAACUUCGAUGCAACAAACAACAUGGCUGAGUAUGAAGCUCUGCUACUUGGUCUACAGCUAGCAUUGGAGUUGAAAAUCAGUGCGAUUCAAGUAUACAGUGACUCCCAGCUCGUGGUAGAUUCAUUCUCUAAAUUUGCCUCGGAUAGCUCUUUAAGUUCCAGAUCAGUUUUUGUGGAGGUCUUAGACGAACCAAGCUUUAUAAAGCCACGGAUGAUGGAGAUUAGCAUAGACCCAGACACGCUGAGUUGGACUGACCCAAUUAUCUCCUUCUUGCGAGAUGGGAUAGUACCUGAGGACAGGCAGGGGGCAAUGGAGUUGAGGAAGAAAGCAUCCCGGUAUACACUCGUUGAGGGGGUCCUCUAUAAGAGAUCUUUCUCACUCCCUCUUCUACGGUGUUUAAACCCCUACGAAGCUGAAUAUGCACUUCGGGAGGUACAUGAAGGUGUCUGCAUGAGCCACGUUGGUGCUAGAACUCUGGCUCACAAAGUCUUAAGGCAGGGAUAUUACUGGCCAAACAUGUACAAAGAUGCCACUCACUUUGUUCAGAAAUGCCCGAAAUGUCAAUUCUUUGCACAUUUGACUCACCAACCAGUAGAAGAGCUCACGAACUUGGUAGCACCGUGGCCAUUUGCUAAGUGGGGACUAGAUCUUUUAGGCCCAUUCGUGAAAGGGGUUGGUGGUGUAACUCAUCUGAUUAUUGGUGUGGAUUAUUUCACAAAGUGGGUUGAAGCUCAACCACUAUCUAGUCUUACCUCCAAGAAGGUCGAAGAUUUUGUUUUCAGCUCGAUCAUUUGCAGAUAUGGGAUCCCGAAUCAGAUUUUCACCUCCGUUUACCAUCCGGAGUCUAAUGGCAUGGUUGAAUCUGUUAACAAAUGCAUUGUAGAAGGAGUCCCAAGCUUCCGAGUCACCCAUUUCGAUGAAGGACGAAAUGGACAGCUGCUUCAGGAAAACCUUGACCUCCUUGCGGAAGUCAGAGAAGAAGCACGACUUCGAACUCUUGUAAAAGCUGGCCUAACAUGGUUUGAAACUCGUUUUGACAAACUUGCCCCGAAUUGGGAAGGCCCUUAUACCGUGGCCGAAGUGCCGCAUCCUGGUGCCUAUGUCCUCCAAGAUGUUGAAGGAAAGAGAGUUCCUCGAGUUUGGAAGGUCAAUAACUUGAAGAAAUUUUACCCCUAAUAAAAUUCUUUCAAGUGAUUUAUGUCUUACUAUUCUUUACACUUUUUACUUCGUGAAUUGUUGAGAUUCAUUUUACCUCUUAUCCUGUGUAUCCGAGGUCAAUCAGUUCAUUCAUUCCUUGAACCUCACUUCUGUUAAUAAAUGUUACUUCACAUA